GGCCAACAUAUUCAAGGUAUCAUACCUAUCGCUAACUAGCAGUACCUACGCUCAGAAGCUCCCUCUCCUUCAUCCACAACCACAUACACACGAUGUCUUCACGGGCGCGAACCCUCCUCCUCCCCAGUCUCUACGCUGUCAGACUCGGACCUGCUCGGAGACAGUUCUCGGCCAUCGGCAGGAGCAGCUACGAUGGCGUCUACAAGGAGCUGCAGAUCAUGAAGCUGAAGAUGCCUUGGUUGCAAGCUCUCGCGGAGGCGAAAGCUGCUCCCGCGUCUGCUGCCGCGACCACGGCGCCGCAGGAGAAGAAGGAAUUAGUGCCCAAGAGGAUGAGCGAUAGCUACCACGAGCUGGUUCUUCCACUGGCGAACGACCAAUGGCUGGUGGAUACCUACAUCAACUCGUCCGGCAACCUCCGGCUGGGCGCGCUGUUCCAGGACUUGGACGCGCUUGCGGGCGUCAUCUCGUACAAGCACACGGGCGAGGGCAUCACGAUCGUCACGGCAGCUGUCGACAGGAUCUCGAUCAUCAACCCGCUCGACGAGUGGUGCGACCUCCACCUCAGCGGGUAUGUGAGCUACGUGGGGUCCUCGUCGAUGGAGGUGUCGCUCGAGGCGCGCAGGGUCGACACGAAAAGCAAUAAGCCGGUGCCCGGGCAGGAGGGGCUGCUGCUGACGUGUGCGUUCACAAUGGUCGCGAGAGAUCCGGCGACGAAGAAGGCGAUUGCGGUGAAUCCGCUGCUGGUCGAGACGGCGGAGGAGAAGGAGAUCUUCCGGCGCGGCGAGGCGUACAAGUGCUCGAAGAAGGCGCUGGCAAAGGUCGAUCUGGCGAAGCAGACGCCGAACGAUGAAGAGUCGGAUCUGAUCCACCAGAUGUGGAUGGAGCAGUCGAAGUACAAGGACCCGCUAAACGCCGCGACGAAGCCCGAGAAUACCAUCUACAUGUCCACAACCACAAUACAAAGCACUAUGAUCAUGCAGCCGCAGUUCAGAAAUCGACAUCAGCUCAUGAUAUUUGGUGGCUAUUUGAUGCGGCAGACCAUGGAAUUGGCGUUCUGCUGCUGCUCGGCUUUCGCACACACCAGGCCUACGUUCGUAUCGCUGGAUCCCAGCACGUUCCUGGCUCCGGUGCCGGUCGGGAGUAUAUUAUAUCUGACGGCGACGGUGGCGUACACCGAGCCCGGCUCGAAAGGGGGCAGUAGAGUCCAGGUGCGCGUGCAGAGUAAGGUGAGGGAUGUCGAGCACGGAAAGGUCGUCGAGACCGGUGUGUUCAAUUACACGUUCUAUGUCGAUAAGGACCUGCAGGUGAUGCCGGUCACGUACUCGGAAUUUAUCGACUACAUCGAUGCUAGACGUAGGGCGAAGCAGAUCGCACAGAUUGCGGCGGAUGAUGGCACUAAGAAGAGGGUUACCGAGUAGUAUCUGGUGUAAUUUGUUCGUGUUAAAUUCUGCAAGGGUCUUUCCUUUUAAUACCAUAGCUCAAUUGUUCAUACUUUCUACUUGUACAUAUGCUGAGAUCGUUACAUCCACCACGGUGACUCACAAGUCAUGAUUCGCUUAAUUCAAUAUUCAAUUUGCUAUCCCUCUAAUCUACC